AGUCCGCAUCCAUCAAUGUUGUGCAGGUCGACCAAGCCGAGAGGAGAGUAAAGUAACAGGCAGAAGAAGGUUACCUUGGUGACUCGCCCAGCAACAUGUCGUCGUACCUGGCUUCGGCCCGCGACUUCGUCUACCGGCGACGGCGGCCGUUCAUCGUCGUGGGCGGUGUUGUGGGAGGCGCGUACAUGCUCGCCAGCUACGCCAUUUCCAAGAUCAGCGAAGUGCAGACGAGACUGGUCGAGGAAAGGCGAGACAAGGAAAAUCUACGAAAGAGAUUCGCGCAAAACCAAGAGGACUGCAACUUUACCGUUUUGGCGCUUCUCCCGACCCUUGGCGAUCAAAUCUUCCCCUCAAUGGAUGUUGAGAGCCUGACAGCAAAGCUUCAGAAGGGAAGGGCCUCCCCUAAUGGCACGUCGACGCCCGCGCCCAUUGCGCCAGCCUCUGCUGCCCCUCAUGCGCCCGAAGUCAUCGUCAAUGGCGAGGCAAACGUCAACGGAUACGAGGUGGAAAAGCAAGAGGGCAGCGUACAAGUGGAUCCGUCCGCUGGGCUGGGGCAGGCUGGAGGUCCGGCAGGUGAGGGAGGUGCUGGCGAAGAAGCUUCCAAACAGGCCAUGGAAGAGAUUUGGAACAAGCUUUCGCAUGGCAAAGACGAAGGCGAAGGGGCGAGGUCAGAGGGAGUAGAGCCCGUAGCCAAGCCAGUCAAUGGCGCCAACGGUGUGCACCCAGCUGAAGGAGGCGUGGAUACAACGAACCCGUCUACGGAUGAGGAGACGAUUGCCAGCGAGGGCUCGAAGUCGAAGCCGGCAAUAGGGCUGGAUGCAGUCUCCGAGCCUGCGCCUCCUCCAAUCCGCGCUGAUGCUCGCCUUACCCCAUCGCCACGGCCAACACCUACCGCUGCCACGCCUUCUGAGAUUGAUGUCGCGAAAACCGGGAUUGAAGGCGGUGCCGAGAAUGCAUCGGGAGAGGGCAAAUUCUCUCAAGAGAAAGUGGUUGCUUCAAAUGGAACUCCUUCAGGAGAAGGACAGCAUUUGUCAGACGGGAAUGCUGAUGAAUCGGUCGUAAAGAGCAAAUCAGCAGCCGAAUCGAUUGUCGACACCAAAUUGCUGGGAGAGCAAACGGACAAGCCUCAUUCGCCGACGCAAACACCGGCUCCUGAGGAGCCACCGAAAGAGCCUUCGCCCGAAGAGAUCCUCGCCGAGAAGCGGGCAAAGCUCGCGUUAUGGAACGAACUCAAGAUCACCGCUUUCUCGCGGACCUUGACCACUCUCUACGCACUCGUGCUUCUUUCACUCCAAACACACAUUCAGCUCAACCUGAUCGGUCGCUUCGCUUACCUAACGAGCGUACAGUCGAUGACCGGGCCUGCCCCGUCCGAUCAUAAGAUUCGUCUUGAGCGACACGAUGGCGAGGCUCAGUCGUACGACGAAGAUGAUCAAGAAGAGGAUGAAUACGACGGUGCUUACGAAGAUGCUGAGGGAUCCUCAUCGUCUCGCGCUGGCCUGUCAAAGGAGACAGAGAGACUGUAUCUUACUUUCUCGUGGUACUUCUUGCAUCGGGGAUGGCAGAACAUCGCAACGCUGGUCAAGGACGCCGUGGAGGACGUUUUCGGGAGUGUUCCCCUGAAAGCGCAACUGACACAUCGCGACUUUGUGUCGUUACUUAACAAGGUCCGAAGACGGGUCGAAUAUGAAGCAAGGCAACCUGGCGCGGGCACCAGUACAGCACGCUCUGGUGUGGACGAUGAUGGAACAAGCACAUUGGCUGCUUCGAUGGCCAGCUUUGAUGGGCGGAGCGAGACGAGCGAGGCUCGAUUUUCGAGGCGAGGUCGCCGACGAAACUUUUUGUCGAAUCUCUUUCCGGCGGAUUCCGAGGAAGAAAUUGCCGUUUUGGAAGCAGCUGGCGCUUUGGCGGGCUGGAGCAAGCGGCGCAGCGGCCCAAGAGGGGCUGAAGAGAAGGACAGUCGACCGAGAACACUCGAAGAAGUCGAUCCGACGCUAUGCGCUCUCGUCGACGAGACAAAGGAUGUCAUCGAGUCGUCUGACUUCACGAGACUGUUGAAACUGAGCCUCGACGUUGUCUUUGGCAUAUUUGAGGGAACGCUCCGACCGACAUUUGGCGUCGAACCAAAAACGACACCCUCCGUGGAGCUGGUCAAGAUUCAAGAGAUCCAGGAAGAGGAAGAAGUGGAAGGCAGGAGGAUUCGUCUGGCAUCGCUCUUUCCAGCUGUGGCAAGACAGAGCCAACUAGCGAUCCAUGGUGUUCCAAACGAAUACGUCGAUGCUUUGUCUGAUAUCAAGGAGCUCCGAGCUUUCUCUGCAGUUAUCUACUCCUCAUGGGACUGAAGACGUUCAGAGUCGUCGUUAAUUAAUCUCCUUCUCAAAAUUAUUUAUCUCCUUCAAUUGGAUGAGGACUUGAAUUGUUGACAUGAAUGGAAAGAAGC